AUGCCGAGCAACUUGGCCAAAGUCGCCGGGCUCUCGGCGGGCUCGGCGCUGCUCGCCAUCUCCUUCCCAUACGUCGUCAAGCUGUCGGCCCCCUUGCUCUCCCUCGUCCCCGACCUGCAAAUGCCAGACUACGCCUUCCCCAUCCCCUUCCUCAAGACCGCCGAGACGGAGACCGAACCUCCGCCCUUUGUCUGCGAUACCAGCCACUCCUACAAGACGGAGCUCGUCUCCCUCGACCCCCUCGUCGUUUACAUCCACUCCCUCCUCACGCCAGUCGAGACGUCAUCCCUCCUCUCGACAGCGGAGCCCCUCUUCGCCCCCUCGGAGGUGAUCAAGCACGGGCGCGAGCUGCGCACAAAGGACCGCACGUCCAGCUCGGCCGGCCUGCCGGGCAACGACCCGGUCGUCGAGUGCGUCCUGGCCCGCGCCCGCCGCUUCAUGGGGACCAUGAUGCGCGACGGCUGGGACGAGAUGGGGCCCACCCAGCUGGUCCGCUACAGCGCCGCCGGCCAGAGGUUCAACCUGCACCACGACUGGUACGACUCGCCGCGCCAGUCGGUGGGGACCGGCGACUCGCGCAAGUGGAACCGCCUCGCUAGCUUCUUCGCCAUCCUGCAGGAUAACUGCACCGGGGGGGAGACGCACUUCCCGUUCGUGGAGGGGGCCGCCCCGCCGAGCCCGUGGGGCGACGAGAUAUGGGGAGGCGAGGUGGAGGAGGGUGAGGGCAGGGGGGAGGAGGAGGGGCGGUCGCUGCCGCUGUGGAGGGCGCACGAGGACGGCGGGCUGGCGUUCCGGCCGGUGGCGGGGAAUGCCAUCUUCUGGGUCAACUUGCAUCCCAACGGGACGGGGGACAUGAGGACGAUGCACGCGGGACUACCGCUUGGCGAUGGGUUGAAGACGGCGAUGAACAUCUGGCCGCGGCGGUACUACAGGUGA